AUGGCCACCGACCUCGCCAUGAGCGCAGAGCUGCCAAACAGCCCCUUGGCCAUCGAGUACGUCAACGACUUCGAUCUGAUGAAGUUUGAGGUGAAGAAGGAGCCCCCCGAGGCCGACCGCUACUGUCACCGCCUCCCACCCGGUUCCCUCUCCUCCACCCCCAUCAGCACACCCUGCUCCUCUGUGCCUUCCUCGCCGAGCUUCUGCGCGCCCAGCCCGGGGGCCCAGCCCAACCAGAACCUCGCCAACGGGAUCAGCAGCGGUGGCAGCAACAACAACAACAAUAACAACAACAACAACAACAACGGCGGCAACAACAACAAUCAGGGCACCGCAGGUAAGCCCCAGCUUGAGGAUCUGUACUGGAUUCCCAGCUACCAGCACCACAUCAACCCGGAGGCGCUCAAUCUAACCCCGGAGGACGCCGUGGAGGCCCUCAUCGGCAACGCGCACCACCAUCACCACCACCACCAGGCCUACGAGGGCUUCCGUGCGCAGCAGUAUGUCGGCGAGGACCUCUCCGCGGCCUCGGCGGCGCAUCACCAGGCCCAUCACCAUCACCACCAUCACCACGGCCACCACACCCGCCUGGAGGACCGCUUCUCGGACGAGCAACUGGUCAGCAUGACGGUGCGCGAGCUCAACCGGCAACUGCGCGGCUUCAGCAAAGAGGAGGUUAUCCGCCUGAAGCAGAAGAGACGCACGCUGAAGAACCGCGGCUACGCGCAGUCCUGCCGCUACAAGCGCGUGCAGCAAAGGCACAUGCUGGAGACUGAGAAGUGCACGCUCCAGAGCCAGGUGGAGCAGCUGAAGCAGGACGUGGCUCGCCUGGCCAAGGAGCGGGAUCUUUACAAGGAGAAGUACGAGAAGCUGGCCAGCCGGACCUACAAUGGCGCUGGACCCGCCAACAAUAGAGAUCCGUCCGCUGGCAACCACGGGAAACCGCCCAGCACAGAGUUCUUCAUGUGA